AUGCCUCCAGUCCGCACCGCACGCGCCUCGCGCAAGGCCCCGCCAGAGGGCUUCGAUGACAUCGAGGACACACUCCUCGAGUUCCAGAACAAGAUGAAGGAUGCUGAGAAUGCAUCGCAUGAGGGCAAGAAGAAGUACGAAAUGACGUGGCCCAUCUUCCAGAUCACCCACCAACGCUCGCGCUACAUAUACGACCUAUACUACGAGAAGGAGGCUAUCACCAAGCAGCUAUACGAUUACCUGCUCAAGAACGGAUAUGCGGACGCCAUGUUGAUUGCCAAGUGGAAGAAGCAAGGCUACGAGAAGCUAUGCUGCACCCGCUGCAUUCAGACCAAAGAGACAAACUUCCGAUCGACCUGUAUCUGCCGUGUCCCUAGGGAUCAGCUCAAAGAGAACCAGGAAAUACAAUGCGUAAACUGCGGCUGCAGAGGAUGCGCUUCCAGUGACUGA